AUGCCCCUCAAGCUCUACACGUCGCCACUCUCGUGGAACUGUCUACGGCCGGAACUCGUACUGGCCGAGAAGGGUAUCACGGACGUGGUCCGCAUCCCGGCCGAUCUCGUCCGCGGCACACACAAGACCGCCGACUUCCUCGAAAAGUCCCUCUUCGGCAAAGUGCCGUUGCUGGAGGAUGGCGGCGGUGGUAGUACGGGUGACGGUGCUGGUCUCGUGCUCUUCGAGUCACGCGCCAUCUCCCGCUACCUCUGCGAAAAGUAUGCUGGCAUGGGCCCGGGCUUGAUCCCCCGACUCGCGGGUGAGGUUCAUGGUCAGGACCAGGAUUACGACCAAGGUCGUGGUCACCCAUCCCGAGCGAUCUGGGAAAUGCGCCUCGCUGUCGAGUCCGUCGAGUUUGAUGUGCACGUUAGCCCUGUCAUCAGCGAGAUGAUGAUCGCGCCAGCGCUGGGGAAGCCGGCGGACGAGGCGGUCCUCGCACGCCACCGGCCUAGACUCGACAACUGCCUGGAUGUGCUGGACAAGAUGUUGGCCACGAUGCCAUUCAUGGGUGGUGAGGAGUUCAGUCUCGUGGACAUCGUCUACAUGCCGUGCAUGUACGUAAUGAGCAAGUGCAUGGAUGUGUUUCCUAGGCGGCCGAACUUGAAGCGGUGGUGGAAGAGGGUUAGUGCGCGGGAAGGAUGGAAGAAGGCUGUUGAGCCGAUGGAUGAGGCUUGGGAACAGGUUGUCCCCGGGUGGAAGGGCCAGAGUGGAGGGCUGGUUGCGGAUGUUGCAAAGGGUGAAGGGGAGGACAGGUCUCAUCUCUGA